AUGGGGAGGUUCUGUGUCUCUGAUUGCAAGCUUUCAAUCCAUGGCAACCACCACGCUCAAGUGCGGUCUCCCCCAGUUUCAUCCUCGGGCUGGACUCACCCUGGUUCUCCAAUGGUGACAUACCACCGCCCCCACCCCACCAUACCUGAGCAGGAGACAGAAGAGGCUUCACCACCUGGCUCCGCCCUACCACCCAGAAGACUGCCAGAGGACACGACGUCUUCUUCAGCCGCACGCCGCUCUCGUCUGCUGGAACAGCAGAGCGAAAGAUCAUACGCGCAAUGUGUAGUAGCAGUGUGUGUAGCAGUGUGUGUAACUCUACAUGUCUGUCUCUCUCUACCUCAGUCUCUGGACAGAAAGGCCGUUGAUGCUGCUGCUACUGCUGAUGAUGAUGAUGAUGAUGAUGAUGAUGAUGGUGGUGGUGAUGAAGGCUCCAGCUGUUUGGCAUACCGCACGCGCUCCAAAGUCCGUCUGGUUAAUAUUCCUCUGGGUCAGCUGGAGGCGGAGCUUCUGGCCCCUGACAUCACAGCUGACAUGUACGAGCAGAGCGCUGCCCGGCGGAAGGGGAGCCGUCAGUGGACGAAGUGGCUUCAGGGUCUCAUGGCCCCCGACAAUGAAGAGGAAGCUGAUGAUGAUGACGAUCCAGAGUACAACUUCCUGGAGGACCUGGAUGAACCUGACCUGGAGGACUACAGGACGGAUCGGGCCGUCCAGAUCACCAAGAAGGAAGUGAACGAGCUGCUGGACGAGCUCUUUGAUACACUCCAGGAGGAGGAGCAGGAGGAGGAACAGGAAGAGGAGGCCCCAUCACAGACUGGACCCAAAUUCAACGUCCCCCAGGCCUUACGUUUUGAAGCACCAUUAGCCAGCAUGUUAACAGAGCGACGGCGGACAGUCAGAAAACAGUACGAAGCUCUGCAGCAGAGGAGAGCCCUGCAGGACACAACCAAUCAUCCCCGUGACAACAUCAACCUGAAGGACACUCCCAGCACACAACCCAACCCUAUCACUUCCUUCUUGGUGCUCCCAAGCCGGGUCUCCCCCGCCCUUCACCUGGACUACACCCAGAAACUGCAGCUCCAGCAGCAGAUACAGCAGCAUGUACAGCUGCUGACUCAGGUCCACCUGCUGGCUCGCCGUGUUGAGGCUCUGAACCACGAAGCCUGUAUCACUAAACACUACCUGGGGGAGCUGCAGCAGUUUGCCUGCCGGCAGGAGGAGGUUUUUUUCCCCAGCAGUUUCAGAGUGUGUAACCUGCAGGGGGCUCUGGAUCUCUUGCAGGAGGUGGAGCAGAGAGCGGAAUCUCCUCCUGCUCCUCCUGCUCCUCCUGCAUCCAGACGCUGGCUCCCCAGGAUGACUCCUGCUACUAACAGCCAUGCCUUCCCUCUGCUGCCCACCGACAUUGCCUGGCUGUUCGCCACUCGUCCCAUCUUCCUUUACCCAGAACUACUUCCUGUCUGCAACCUGGACCACACCCAACAUCACCGGAGUGUUUACACUGCAGGAGAGGACGGUUUGAUCAUCCUGGGGCUGAAGCACUUUGAGGGGGCGGUCCAGUCAGAUCAGCUGAUCAGCUCCUACCUGCUCUGUAAGAGUCGAUGGAACUUCAGGAAACACAUCAGAGAGAUGAGCGGACCGAGAGCGCCACACAACAAUGUCAUCAAGACGUUCCUGAUGCAGCGAGUUCUCCCCCCGCUGCCGCUCGCCUGCAGCAGAGUUCAGUCGGGAGACCAGCGCCCCCCAGUGGACAGAAACACAUCCAACAUGCCAAACUGGCUCAAGCCCUGCCUUCCUAUUGGCCAGAGGAUGCAGCAGAGCGUUUCUAGGCAACAAGACAGUAGCGUCGUCCCCUUUCUCCUCCCCCUGCCCACCCUGACCAACGCUGACUCUACAAAUCCCAUAAUGCCUUUCUCAGGUGGCACUGUGAAGCCGGGAUACUUCCUCCUCCAGAUGAUGUGGACUCCACCGGCUCCACCCACUGUCACCUGCCAGCAUGCUCUUGGGCAACAGAUCCACAGACCAAUCACAGAAGAGAUGGAGAAGAUGUCCAAAAGGCUGCGCCCUCCACUGGAGAAGGACAGACAUCAGGAGGAGGAGGAGGAGAACUGGACUGUUCAUGGUGUGGUCAGUUUGAAUGGAGGAGAAAACACUGGUGGAGAGGAGGAUGAGGAGAGAGAAGGCGGAGAUGCAGGAGGAGGUGGAGAGGAAGAAACAGGUGAGGGAGGAAAGGGGGAACAGGGAGGAGAGGGGGAGGAGGAGGGACAGGGAGCUGAUGGACAGAGGGAUGAUGGGGGAGGAGAGAGGGAGGAGGAUGGAGAAAAGGAUAAAGAUGAAGAUCAGGACCGGCAGGGGGAGGAAGAGGAGGAGGAGGACUUUGAUGACCUCACACAAGAUGAAGAUGAGGAGGAAGUGAUGUCAUCAGCAUCAGAGGAGUCUGUGCUGUCUGUUCCAGAGUUACAGGAAACCAUGAAGCAGCUGACUUGGCUGGCGGCGGAGCGGCGGCUCUGUGCAGACGGAGAUUCUGAGGAGGAUCACUCUCCAACCUCUCCUGGCUCUCAGGAAGAGGAGGAGGAAGAAGAGGAGGGGCCUAAAGGGGACGGGUCAGGAGAGGGGAGGAGCAAUAAGGAGGAAAGAGAUGAGGAGAUGCCAUCAGGAGAAGGGACGCCUAGAGGAGGAGGGAGGUGUCCUGGACGAGGACGAGGUCGGAGUCGACCUCUUCGCGGCCUAAGAAGGAGUCGUCAGGAGCGUCACAGUAAAGACGCCACAAAACUGUUACUGCUAUAUGACGAGAACAUCCUCAACAACGACCCACACAGAGAGAGCAAAGAUGUGGCGUUCGCCCAGAGUUACCUCAGCAGGGUGCGUGAGGCGCUCCAGGACAUACCUGGACAGGUGGAGGACUUUGUGUCUCUGCUAAAUGAGUUUGAGCGGGCGGGAGAUGGACAGGAAGUGGUGUUGUUGUUCAGGAAGCUGCGCUGCAUCCUUGGAGAUCGGACAGACCUCCUUCGAGACUUUGCCGCAUUCCUGCACCCUGAGCAGGCACUGCAAUGUGGACUGUUUGAGGAGCAGCAGGCGUUUGAACGCAGCCGGCGGUUCCUGCGACAGUUAGAGAUCAGUUUUGGAGACAAUCCGUCACAUUAUCAGAAGAUCAUCAAAGCUUUGCAGACCGGUCCAGACCUGAGUCCAACCAGCAUCCACGAGCUGAAAGCUCAGAUGGCGACGCUGCUAAAAGGCCACACCCAUCUACAAGCUGAAUUCUGGGUAUUCUUUGAAGAGCUCCGCCCCCCUCCGGCCCGCCCAGGACAGUUUGAGGAAGCUCAUUGGCCCGAGGAUGGAGGAGGCGGGUCAGAUGGAGGAGAGGGCGUCGGACAGGUGUCUGCAGGCGGAGCCACCGGCGGCUUUGAGGAAGUGACGCUCCCAGAGCUCGAAGAAGAAGAGGAGGGACAUAAGAUCCAACCAAUGACGAGCCGGCGCAAAAGGAGGAAGAUGGACGCUCACAGAAAAUACAAGGACUGUGAUUGGUCAGAUAAAGAGUGGCCCUGCCUCUGCCUUGACGCAAAGAUCCGCAGACACAGGAGGAAAGGAUGUUCUCGCUGCCAUGGCAACAAGACCUCAGGGGGUGUGUCCAGAGCCAUGAAGAGUCUGGACCCUCUGUACUCUCAGAUAAGCUCCGCACACGAUGAACCAGGUGACAAAGACCUGGACCUGAAGGGGGACGACGACAGUCCACAACCAGACCAUCAGAGCGGUGCAUCAUGGGAAGGCUCGUUUCCUCUGGCUGACGACAAAGAGGAGGAGGAUCUAGAUGAGGAGGAGGAGGAUGAAGAUGAAGAGGAGAGGAAGACCAGUGAGAAGGAGCAGAGCCCGUCUGUGAAAAGGAGCAGGAGAGAGGAGGCACUGCCACCCCCCACCACCUCUUGCACCACCUCCUCUCCCUCUGUUACCUCCUCAAACCCUCCCACCUCUUUCACACUCUCCUGUACCUCUGUCUCCACCUCCUCUAUGACUUCCUCCAUCUUUACUUCGACCUCAGUUACCUCCUCCUCUCCCUCUGUCUGUACUGCCUCCAUCACAUCUAUCACCUCCUCAUCUUCUUCCUCCAUCUGUCCGUCUGUCUGCACCUCCUCCUCUGCCUCUUCUACCCUCUCCUCCUCCUCUGCUCCUCUUCGGCCCAGUCCUCCUCCUGACCUCCCUGUCUGUGCCAAGAAUAUUUCUCUGACAGCGAGCGGAGAGAAAGUCAUCCUCUGGACCAGAGAAGCAGAUCGAGUCAUUUUGACAACGUGCCAGCAGGAAGGAGCCAAUCAGAACACAUUCCAGUCCAUCUCUACUCUGCUCGGCAACAAGACUCCCAGUGAGGUGUCUAACCGGUUUCGGGAUUUGAUGCGCUUGUUUCGGACGGCGGCUCGUCAGACCAGUUCUGAGGACGAGGCUCCGCCCACUGAGCCGGCAGCAGCUAAUAAGGAAGAAGACUGAUAUUAACCAAUCAGGAGCGCUGCAGAUUAACCAUCUGGAGAGCCACUGGUCGCAGCAGAAGAAAAUGUGUCUGAUAUUACCAGAACUUUUAUUGUGAAAGGGUGUGUGUUUACUGUACAUGCUAAAAUUGUAAAUAUGAAAAAUUCUGA